AUGCGAUUCCAAACCUCCCUCGUAGCCCUCGCAGCUACCGCCACCCUCACCGUUGCCCGUCCUGGAGGACACGAGGGUCCCUAUUGGGAACAAGGUGAUCACCAUCAUGGGUGGCCUGCUGCUCCUUUCGGCCCUCCUGCCGGUGUAUCAACUCCUUGUACUCUUACGCCCCCGGUUGCCGUGGCUGUUUCUACGCCUUGCUCCUCUUCUACGCCGCGUCCUGCUGUUUCCUCGCCUUGUUCCUCUACGUUGAAGAAGAAGAUGGCAUCGGAGUCGGUCCCUGCAUAUGGUGGUUCUUCCUCUCAUCCUGCGCCCGUUGCUUCUUCGACUCCUCAGCCUGCGCCUGGUACCUCAUCUUCACGCUAUGUCCCUCACAUCUUGUCAUCUUCUGCUGCAGUGACAAUUUGCACACCAAAAAUCUAUACUUGGACCAAGGUCUCUACAGGAGCGUCCAUCAUUCUUUCCACAAAGACUGUUGUCGUUCCCUACAACACUGUGGUCUACAAGCCAACCACACAUGUGCACAAAUCCCCAGUCACCAGCAUCGGUUAUAGCACUUCGACCAAGAUCAAGACCAAGACUAAGACAUACGUAAAAACCACCGUCCACACCUCCAUCGUCUCAUCCACUGUUACCGGCUCAAGUGAAGUCACAAUCGCAACCUCCAGUGCUUCCACUGCCGUCUACACACUCUCUACCCAUAUCCUCUCCACCGCUAUCAUGACUGGCACCACUUCGGUCUGCGGAACCGCUAGCGUGCCUCUCGUUGCCUCGUCGGCUGUCAUGUCGUCCUUGGGCAAGGCUUCGUACACCAAGCCCGUGGUUGUGACCUCGCAUGUAUAUUCUGUCGUGAAGCCGUCCUCGAGCAAAGCUUUGAGCAAAGUUCACAGCAAGAGUAUGAGCGAGCAUUCUAGCAACGCUCACAGCAAGACCAUGAGCGAGUAUUCCAGCAAGGUUCACAGUCACAGCAUGAGCAAGCAUUCAGCCCCCACCCCACCUGUCGUCAAGCCUUCCUCAACCAAGGCAUCCAGCAAAGCUUCAUCCUACGCCCACGUUGCCUCCAAGUCGUCCCACGCCUACUCUGUCGCCACAUCCUCCUCCAUGAAAGCUUCAUCCCCCGCCCACUCUACCUCCAAGUCAUCCUCCAGCAAAACCCACCAUUACGCAUCAAGCUACGCUUCCCCAUCCACCACGCCCAUCGCCAAGUCGUCCAGCAAGCCAGCCAUGGAGUAUCCAAGCAUCGUAUGGUCAUACACCAAGCCGCUCAACCUAUCCUCUUCCAGCACGAUUAUGAGCCAUGCUUCGAGCCCGGGAUCGUCGUCGACGAAGAUUGUGGUGGUACCGUCUACUAGCACGCAUGUUGUGGCUUCGUCUUCGUCUUCGUCUUCGGUUGAGGCGUCGUCUUCCACUAAGAUUGCAGUUUCGCCUCCAUCGGCUAGUCUGUCAUCUUCUAGCACGCCUGUUGUUGUGUCGUCCUACACUAAGCCUACUCAUGAGUCAUCCUACACUAAACCUACUCAUGCGUCAUCUUCUUCCAAGUAUGCAGUCGCAUCCUCAUCAUCCACACCCGUCUCCAGCGCCCCAGCCUCCAGCACGCAAAAGAGUCAAGACGGCUAUGCGGCUAAGAGCAUGGGUGCAUUGUAA